AUGGAGUUUGCCAUGGGAUGGAAUCGUUUUAAUUUGACGCUGCUCGGCGUGUGGCCGGAACCAAAAAAGACCUCGCGUCGGUUAUCAACGUUUAUAUUUUGGUCGACAUGUUUUGUAACGUUCACGUUCAUUUGCGUGCCCCAAACGGCGAAUUUAAUACUGAAAUCGACGAGUCUGGACGAGGCGAUCGAGAAUUUGUCGAUCAACGUACCGAUCGCUUUCGCUUUGGUCAAACAAAUCGUUUUGCGGUACCAUAAGAACGCUCUCACGCUAUUAGUCAGUCAAAUAUUCGAGGACUGGUCCGAACCGAUUCCGGACCAAGAGCGUCUAACGAUGCUAAAGAACGCUAGAAUCAGUCGAAUGAUAUCUAUCGUCUGCUCCACGCUGAGUUGUUUGAUGUUCUUCGCGUUUAUAUCGUUUCAAAUUUGGAGCAACAUGCAAAACGCGUCGGAGGCCGAUUUGGGGGGGCUUUUGCAUCCAGCUACGUUCCCUUACGACACCAAGAAAAGUCCAAACUUUGAAAUAACCUGGCUAGGACAAUUUAUGGGCACCGCACUAAUGGCGAUCUGCUACUCUUGCUUUGACACGUUUCUAGCAGUACUCAUAUUGCACUUAUGCGGGCAAUUGAACGUUCUUAGAAACGCUCUGGAGAAUUUGGUUGAAGCGACCAGCGAGAACGAUUUCGCGAAAUUUCGAAACGAACUUGGACUUAUCGUGAACAGACACAAUCAAUUGUUCAGGUUUGCAGUGGUCGUAGAAGACUGCUUCAAUUUCACGCUGCUUAUUCAAACGCUAAUCUGCACGACGAUGUUUUGCCUGACUGGAUAUCGAAUGAUAACUUCUGUAGAUCAGGAAGAAGAGGACGUACCGAUAGUUGGAUUAAUAUUUUUUGUUAUUCACGUAAUCUACACGAUGUUGCAUCUGUUUAUUUAUUGUUACGUGGGUGAGACGCUUCUCGGUCAAAGUAUCGGAAUCGGCCAAUCUGUAUACGAUUGCAAUUGGUAUGCUUUGCCACCGAAAAAGGCAGUUUUACUAGUUAUUAUGAUAGUUCGCGCAAGAAUUGCCUUUCGAAUAACCGCUGGAAAAUUUAGUCCCUUUUCGUUAGAGCUCUUUAACGCCGUUUUAAGGACAUCCGCUGGAUAUCUGUCUGUGUUACUGGCGAUGAAAGAGUGA